AAUGUAGUUUCGCUACUGUCAUUUGACAAUUAAAAAUUAUGCCGCCAAAAAAAUCAAAUUUUUCAACAACAUAAUUUGCAUUUCCAUACAAUUCUCAUUCCCAUGUGAAUCUUUUAUUUAUAUUUUUUUUCUUUACAUCAAAUUCCAUUAAAUUUAUAUUAUUAACUACUAUGUCCAAAGCAAAGACUGAUAAUAAAAUAUCAAGCAAUCAAAGUGAAAAUGCUAGUGGCGAAGAAUCGGGUGAAGACGAAACUGCAAGUGUUAGCACAAGUACCUCGAGAAGUAAAUCUCCAUCAGCUCCUCGCACUAAACGUGGCAAAAAGAAAAAAUCAUCCAAAGUACAGAAAAAACCUUAUAAAUAUGAUUGUAGUUUAAAAGAAGACCAUGGACAAGCGAUAUUCGGUGUGAGAUUCAACCACUGCCUGGGUAAGGAUCAGCCUAUGGUCUUUGCAACAGUUGGAACCACCCGAGUGACGGUCUAUGAGUGUCCCAGAGAAGGUGGCAUUAAACUAAUUCAAUGCUAUUCUGAUCCUGACGUUGAUGAGAAUUUUUAUACCUGCGCUUGGUCUUAUGACUCCCGGAAUGGCGAUCCUCUACUAGCGGCAGCUGGAUAUCGGGGAGUCAUUCGAAUCUUGAAUACAAAAACCCACGAGUGUGUCAAGCAUUAUAUUGGCCAUGGCCAUGCUAUCAAUGAACUCAAAUUUCACCCAAAGACUCCUUAUUUGCUCCUCUCCGGCAGCAAAGAUCAUUCCCUUCGUUUGUGGAACAUUCAAUCGGAUGUUUGUAUUGCGAUUUUCGGCGGUGUUGAGGGUCAUCGCGACGAAGUUCUUAGCAUUGAUUUUGAUUUGCGAGGUAAUAGCAUUAUGUCGAGUGGAAUGGAUCACUCUCUGAAGCUUUGGCGGAUUGAUAAACCAGAAUUCAAAGAAGCAAUCGAAAAGAGUCGAACGUUCAACCCAAACAAAUCGGUGCUACCAUUUCCAACAGUAAAAGAGCACUUUCCUGAUUUUAGUACUCGAGAUAUCCACCGCAAUUACGUAGACUGUGUUCAAUGGUUUGGGGAUUUUGUGCUAUCGAAAUCCUGCGAAAAUUCGAUUGUUUGUUGGAAGCCUGGAAGAAUCGAUCAGGCACAAUCUGAACUCAAAGCUUCUGAUUCCACCAGCACAAUCAUACACCAUUUUGACUACGGCGAAUGUGAGAUAUGGUUUGUGAAAUUUGAUUUCAAUGUUUGGCAUAAAGUUAUAGCUUUGGGUAAUCAACACGGAAAGACAUUCGUAUGGGAAUUGGAUGCUUCGGAUCCAUCACAGACAAAGUGUUCGAUAUUAAAUAAUUUGAAAUGCAAUACAGCGGUGCGGCAGACUUCGUUUUCGAGAGAUGCUAGUGUUUUGGUUUGCGUGUGCGAUGAUGGAACUGUUUGGCGAUGGAAUCGAGGAGUUUAGAAAGUAAUUGUUUUUAACAUAAGCUUAAAUAAAUGGAGUAUUUUAUUUGUAGAUAGAAAAUAAAUAAUGGUUGUUUCUUA